UUCGGAUUUAAGAUAAUUUAAAACUGAGUCGACGUGAUAAUCUCUCAUUUCUUUCUUCCUUCUUCUUCUUCAUAACAUGGAUUACUCCAAACAUAUCAGUAAAGCCAGUCAAGACAGAAACCCAUCUGCAAUUCGCGCUUUGAUGCCGUAUCUUAAUUGUAAAGACAUGAUUUCAUUAGGGGCUGGUCAACCUAAUCCUGCAACUUUCCCAUUUGCCAGUUUGACAUUAACUCUUAAAACGGGGGAAAAGAUUGAAGUAGAUGAUCAGUUAUUUGAUCGCUCGUUGUCCUAUGAUCUGACAUCGGGACAGCCACUGUUGAAUCAAUGGUUAACGGAAUUGCAAAGGAUUGAACAUAACCCUCCAGUUGAAUUUGAUGUCUCCAUCGGCUCUGGUUCUCAAGACCUCUUAACAAAGGCCUUGGAAAUGAUGAUUAACCCCGGGGAUUCGGUUUUAGUAGAAGAACCUACUUACACAGGCGCAUUAUCUUUUCUAGAAACAAUGCCUUGCGAUUUAGCGCCCGUUGCCACUGAUGAAUUUGGUAUCAUUCCGGAAUCUUUGGAUCACUUGCUUGCUCAUUGGCCAGAAAGUAAUCCCAGCGGUAAAAAAGAUCAACCGAGACCUCAUGUUCUCUAUACUAUCCCAAGUGGAGGAAAUCCCACAGGAGUCAGUGCCACCUUGGAACGUAAACAGGCUGUCUAUAAGAUCUGCUCAAAAUACGAUGUUAUCAUUCUUGAAGACGAUGCUUAUUAUUACCUGCAGUUCGAUGAGAAACGCACACCUUCGUACCUAUCCAUGGAUGUUGACGGACGCGUUCUUCGCUGUGACAGUAUGAGCAAGAUCCUUUCUUCUGGUCUCCGUAUUGGCUGGGUCACUGGUCCUCAACCCUUGGUUGAGCGUAUCAACAUGCAUACGAUGGUAACAAAUCUUCAGCCUUCAGGUGUUUCUCAGGUUGUGGCCUAUCAAUUGUUGGCCAAGUGGGGUCACCAGGGAUUCUUUGAUCAUGUCAAGCGUGUCGCCAAUUUUUAUAGAGAAAAGAGAGACGAGUUUCUUGAAUGCCUUAAUAAGCACAUGAAGGGAAGAGCAGAAUGGAACGUUCCUAAUGCUGGUAUGUUUUUCUGGCUUCGCUUAUUAGGAGGCAUUACGGACUCGUAUGAUCUUGUGAUGACAAAGGCCAUUAAAGAAAAUGUACUGGCUAUUCCAGGUUUAGCAUUCAUGCCUAGAGGCAAUAAGAAUGAAUACAUUCGCGUUUCUUUCAGUAAUGUGUCGAAGCAACAAAUGGAUGAAGCACUUCGUAGAUUAGCUAGAGUCAUUGACAGAGAGGCAGAGCUUCAUGGAUUAAGGACCAACAACUCGUCUACACAGUAAUAGAGUCAUCUUGAACACAAAAAGAAAUCAGAAAGAAUGAAAGAAAGAGGAAGGAUGGAUGUAGCCUUUUCAUCAAUAGUUGACAUGUAUAUGUUAAUUCUUGCUUUGUAUUUAUAAACUUCAUAUUAUAUCGAAUAAAAAAUAAAAAGGACCUAAUAGCUUUCAUGCUCG